AUGUUUCACGUUGUUCAGUAUCGGCCUUUAAGACUAAUAAUGCAAACCAGUCUUUCCAGCAUGUGUCUUAAACUGAUGCUUUCAAGACCUGUUGCAUUUGCACAGAUAUGGAAAUCAUGGUUCUCAAGCCAUUCUCUCAUUGGAAACAAAAAUAUUAUCCUGAUGGGACCUCCGGGUGCUGGGAAAACAACGGUUGGGAGAAUAGUAGGUCAGAAACUAGAUUGCCCUGUCAUAGACAUAGAUGAUGAUGUCCUUGAAACAACUUGGAAUAUGAGUGUGUCGGAAAAACUGCAGGAUGUUGGUAAUGAGCAAUUUUUAGAGGAGGAAGGAAAAGCCCUGUUGAAGUUUUCAGCAUCUGGAAGCGUCAUUUCCCUUACUGGGUCCAAUCCAAUGCAUUCUGCUGGUAUGCAGCAUAUGAAGAAAAAUGGAAUAGUUGUAUAUCUGGAUGUGCCUACAACAGCCAUUAUGAACAGGCUGAAAUCAAUGAAAGUGGAUCGCAUUGUGGGCCAGUCUCCUGGUAUUUCUCUCAAGGACAUACUUCAGUUUAGGAAGCAGUUCUACAAAAGGUGGUACGACGUCCGUGUUCUUUGUGGAGGGGAUAUUGCAGCAGAGGUUGUAGCAGAAAAGGUACUUGAUGCUGUGAAGAGAUACCAAAACUCAGAACUGGAAACUUUCAUUUCAACUAGGUCUAGCAGGUCUGGAAGGAGUAUGGAAAAAGACUCUCGUAAAUAUUUCAGUGAUGUUGUUACUGAGGGCUUGGCCCCUGAUGGAGGACUCUUUGUUCCCGAGAGAGGACUUCCAAAAUUCACUGCUGGAGAAUGGCAAAGCCUAAUUGAAGCAACUUACAUUGAAAGAGCCCAGGUGAUACUAGAAAGAUGCAUACAUCCUGCUGAUAUUCCUGCUUCUAACCUGGCUGAAAUUAUUGGAACUGCUUAUGGAGAAAACUUUAGUUGUUCUAAAAUUGCCCCAGUUAGGCAUCUGGCAGGCAAUCAGUUUCUCCUUGAGUUAUUUCAUGGACCAACAGCAUCAUUUAAAGAUUUUGCAUUACAGAUGGUGCCGCAUAUAUUUGCAUACUGCAUUCCCAGAAGCUGCAAUUACUUGGUUCUGGUAGCUACUUCUGGUGAUACAGGAAGCGCUGUCCUAGAUGGCUUUAGUCGCCUCCAUGACACUGACAAACAGAGAAUUGCUGUGAUUAAUUUUUUUCCUGAGGAUGGAGUAAGCCCAAUUCAAAAAUCACAGAUGAUUGGCUGUCAGAAAGAAAAUGCUUGGUCAGUAGGUGUCAAAUCUGAUUUUGAUUUUUGCCAGACAGCUAUAAAGCAAAUCUUUACUAAUUCUGAUUAUACUGGUUUUCUUACAGUAGAAUAUGGAACAGCUUUAGCUGCAGCAAACUCCAUAAACUGGGCAAGACUGCUUCCUCAGAUAGUUUAUCAUGCCUCUGCAUACCUUGAUCUUGUUCAUCAAGGUGUUAUUUCCUUUGGAAGCCCUGUAGAUGUUUGCAUUCCUACAGGAAACUUUGGCAACAUACUAGCUGCUUUGUAUGCUAAAAUGAUGGGAAUUCCUAUUAGAAAAUGUAUUUGUGCUUCCAACGAAAACAAUGUUUUGACUGACUUCAUAAGAACAGGUGUGUAUGAUUUGAGGGGAAGAAAAUUAAUUCCUACUUUUUCACCAGCAGUAGAUAUUUUGAAGUCCUCCAAUCUUGAGCGAUACUUGCACCUGAUUGCUAAUGAGGAUGGACAACUGGUGACACAAUUAUAUAAUCAGCUGGAAAAUCAGGGCCACUUCCAGCUACGGAAGGAUCUACUUGACAAGCUUCAGCCGGACUUGGUGGCUGGAUUGUGCUCUGGGGAGGGCUGUCUAGCUGCUAUUCACUCCAUAUACAGCACUACAGGAUAUAUUUUGGAUACACACACAGCUGUUGCUAAAGUAGUUGCAGAUCGAUUACAAGAUAGAACUUGCCCAAUUAUUAUUUCAUCUACAGCUCAUUAUUCUAAGUUUGCACCUGCUAUCUUGAGGGCCUUGAGGAUUGCAGAAAUAAACCAGAAUCCAUUAAGUCAGCUUCACUUGCUGAGUUCUUACAGCCCUCUGCCUCCAGUCCACUGGGGCUUGUUAGAGACCCUGAAAAAGAAGGGGAAUGAGGAUCAUCAGGUCUGUGCUGCAGAUAUGAGUAUGCUGAUGUCUCAUAUAGAAACCUUAAUUCAAAAUCAUUUUAUGAAAGCUUACUGAGCAACUGAUCAGAUGUCCACUGUGUCAAUUGUGAUACCUUCUUAUCAAGCUGCAUGUUUUAAUAAAGUCGUGAUUCA